AUGUCCAGAUUCACUCAAUAUUUUUACAAGCCUUCAUCAUCUCUCCUUCUCUCUUCCUUUCCCAAGUUUAUUUAUAGUCGGCUGGAGCAGCGAGAGCAAGCAGCCGCGGCUGAGCAGGUUUUCGAGCACGUCGGGCUAUGGUCGAGGCUUCUUCCAGCAACAGGAGCGGCGCUCUUCCACGGUAGAGUCGAGGAUUCUCCCGCGGCUGAGACGAGACAAGUUUCAACGACCAAAAUCAAGGUUUUCCUGUCCGAUUCUUCUCCUUCGACAGGCGAAUGCGAUGUAGCUAUUGCUGCGUAUCUUGAUGUUCGUGGAGCGUCUCUUAAAGAUCUAUCGCCCAAUAACAUCACCCAGGUAACAUUUGAGUUGUAAUUUUAUCUUAAAGUCUAACUUGCACUGCUAAUGAGAUGUGCAUUGUACAUUAGGGAGUUUCUCAAAACCAGAAAUUUUGUACUUUUACAUAUGUUUUAGAACAUAAGACACAUAUCAACGUUCAUUUUACUGCAAAAUCCUAUUUAUUAACAUAGUUCAACCCAUAAGAUGUAAUAUGUGAAUUACACUUCUGUACAACUUCCGUGAAAUGAAAAUUUACUUCCCAACAAUGAUAUACCUUAGCUAAGUUCAGAAAAGAUCGAGUAUAAUUCAUGCUAUGUUGGUCGUUGUUCUUAGUUAGUCGAGCCUUUAUUUUCCGUUUCAAAACGAAUUGAAAAUUUGAGCUUUUUUACCAUGCCAAGUUCGUCAUUUGAAUUUAGGGGCUGAAUUUAUUUCGGAAAUCCAACGUAAGUCGUGCCUUGAGUUGUUUUGUUUUCCGAGCCAAAAUCGCAUUUUUUUGGUAAAUUCCCGAACCUCUGAAAAAUUAUAUUUUUCGUAAAUUAUGUCGAGUUUUGAUUCCUGGUUGCCGAGGAAUUGAACGCCGUAAAAAACGGCCAACACGUUGCUGUUCCCACGCCGUAAAAAAUGACCAACCGAGUUCAAACCAACACACGUGCGUCCGUCCUCAGCUCGCGGCCCAGUGUGGAAGCAGCCCAGGAGAGAAGCCCAACGCAAGGAAACCCGGGCGUGCACAUAUGUUGUGAUACUAUUGUUGCUUUCCAUGUCUUCAGGUUUUCCAAAUAUCAAUUUUGUAAUGUUGGUGAUAUUUUAUUACACAUAUACAUCAAUCUCAAUCUCCCUAUAAGGAUAGGUCAUUGAAAUUGUCUUCUCUUUCCAUUAAUUUAAGCGUAAUAGAUGGCUCUUUCUAUACCAAUAAGAUGAAUGUGAAGUUGGAACAAUGCAAAUUAUCGACACUGAAAUCUCGAAUGAUAUAUUAGAGCGAACUCCUUGCUUGAGGAAUUUUACGAUUUGGCAAUGCAUUUAUCGUAAAUAUUUAAUUAAGAAAAUCAUAUUCUUCUAAUUGUUG